UUUAGAUUCUCAAGGACCUUUCAUGUAUUCAAUAUAUAUAAAUAUAGAUAUAUCAAUAAAGAGCUUCACUUUCUUUUCCUGUGUUUUAACCUCUACACCUUCCAUUAAAGCAGUUGCUAUCAAGAAAUCCUGCUCCUUUUCUUUUCUUUUUCUUUUUCUUUCUGUUUCUUGAUUAGUCAAAAUGGAGCAAACUCAGUACUUGAUGUGGAUGAAGAGGAGAUCACAAUUCUUGAAAUCAAAAUUUCAGGUUUGGCAAAACUCCGUUAAUGAAUUUUCUUGGGAAGAGAAAGCUUUUGCAGAAGAUGCUUCAGGUUCUCUUGGUGGAUGCAUAUGGCCUCCGAGAUGUUAUUCUUGUAGUUUUUGUAAAAGAGAAUUUAGGUCAGCUCAAGCCCUAGGUGGUCACAUGAAUGUUCAUAGAAGAGAUAGAGCUAGGCUUAAGCAAAAUCAUGAAAAUUUUCAAUUUCAUCAAACUCAAACCCAAAACUAUAACAAUCUUAUCCUUAAUUCUACCUCUAGUAACAUUGUUACCUCUCCUUCUUCAUCUUCUAGGAUUUCUGCUUUGUCUACUCAAGAAAACAUAAAUGAUACAAAGCCUGUGAAGAAUCCAAGAGAAGAAGAUUCAAGAAGUUUGUCUGAUCAUGAUGGUUUUGUUGAAGCUGAGUUGUUCAAGGGGUUUAAUUCUCUAAUUGGUUCUAAUGGUGAUAAUAGCUGUAAAAGGCCAAAGACCGCGAUUUCGACAGUGUCUUUCUUGAUUAAGCCAUGCUCAAGUGACAGAUACAGUCUUCAACCAGAAGUAAUUGAGGCUAAAUCUGUUUCUAUGGAAGAUAUAGAUCUUGAGCUCAGGCUUGGAGAGCCACCAAAAGUGAAGUAGUAGAGUAUUAUUUAUUAGUGCAUGCAAUUUUAGUUUCUUUUAAU